CCCUCUCUCUCUCUCUUUCUCUCUCUCUCUCUCUUUCUCUCUCUGUGUUCUUCCAGUCCCAAUAUCUCCCUUAUCUCCCUAUUAAUACUACUAACAAGAGAAGUUCAGGCACAGAUCCAAGCUCUCCGGCCAUGGCAGAUCCCUUCAACAACAUCUUCAAAGGCUACUACUUCAACCGCUACAUGUCCCAAAACUACUUCCCUCCUCCGUCUUCUUCUUCUUCUUCUUCAUCAUCUUCAUCUUCUUCUUCUCCUUCUCAGUUUCAUAUCAGCUACCUGUUCCCGCCUCCUCUGCACCCGCCGUCGUCUCCGCCGCUGCGCGAGGCGCUGCCCCUGCUCAGCCUCAUGGGCGGCGGAGCAGGAGAGGAAGCGAACCAGGACGAAGAAGAGGAGGAGGAGGAGGAGGUCGUGGAGCUGCAAAUUGGGCUGCCGAGCCCAAGUGCAGCGGAUCUCCUAUCCAGAGUCGACGCGAGGGCGCCAAAGAACACCGCUAAUGGUUACGAUACUUCUCCGGCUGCAGCGGCGGCGGCUGCUGAUCCUAAUUGCGCGAAUGAUGACGAUGAGAAGGAGAAGGAAGACGAGGAGGAAGAUGGAGAUCAGGAGGAGGAGCGGCAGGGAAUUACGAUGCAGUACCCUGCGAUCGGGAAGCUGACAAGGGGGCAGUAUUGGAUCCCUACCCCUUCUCAGAUCCUCAUUGGACCGACUCAGUUUUCAUGCCCUGUUUGCUGCAAAACCUUCAACAGAUACAACAACAUGCAAAUGCAUAUGUGGGGGCAUGGGUCGCAGUACCGGAAAGGGCCGGAGUCGCUGCGGGGGACGCAGCCGACGGCGAUGCUCCGGCUGCCGUGCUACUGCUGCGCGGUGGGGUGCCGGAACAACAUCGACCACCCGCGCGCGAAGCCGCUCAAGGACUUCCGCACCCUCCAGACCCACUACAAGCGCAAGCACGGCAUCAAGCCCUUCAUGUGCCGCAAGUGCGGCAAGGCCUUCGCCGUCCGUGGGGACUGGCGCACCCACGAAAAGAACUGCGGCAAGCUCUGGUACUGCGUGUGCGGAUCCGACUUCAAGCACAAGAGAUCGUUGAAGGACCACAUCAAGGCCUUCGGCGGGGGGCACGCGGCCUACGGCAUCGACGUCUUCGACGAAGACGACGAGCCAUCGUCGGAGAUCGAGCAAGACAGCACCGGGGAACAGCAGGCGGCGGUGGCGCCGCCGCCGACGCGGUAUAAUUAACAUGAAGUCGAAUUGAUUAAAUAAUUAAGGAGACGAGAGACGUAUUUAAUCAUGCAGUGGAAUUAAUGUUUUAACGGUUAAUUUAAGAGAGUUGAGUUGGCUUAUAAUCAGUAAUUAGAGUAGCUAAAGAACUCUUGUAAAAUUAAUUUUAGCCAUGAAUUAAUGGAGGCUCUUGUACUUAA